AUGUCGUCUUGCGAGGAGCUCACUAGCUCCACAGACGCCACAUUAACAUGCCCCACCUCUACAGACCUUCAAGAAGACAUGUCUAGCUCCACUCUUGCGCUUUUUGCAGCUUCCGAAUUGCCUUCUUCGUCUCAUAAUGAUGCUGCAAAUCCGACGAAGCGCUUUUUCUUUUUUGAGACGAGGCAUCCUGAGUUGCUGGAUGAUCUGCCGCUAUUAUUUACGUGGCUCUCGCUCUUCUUAGCGCAACAUGAAGACUCGUCCAAUGUUGAGGCCAUGCAACAGCUCGAUAGCUCCGGCAAUAUAUCUGCAGUUGCCGAGGAAUUUGCACUCAAAAGUGCUCUGACGCUGCUUUACUGGAAGCACGAGGAUGAGCGGCAUCAGCUGACUGAGCAGAGGGUAGACACUGUGGGGACGGACACGAGUAGUAAAGCGAGGACAGUGUUUCAAGACGAGAAGGGACUGCUGCAAUGGGUCCUCGAGCGCAGGCAAGUGUCUCUUACGCGACAGGACAUUAUCAACCACGUGCUGGAAGAGUAUCCAAUUUUUGCGGCGUCCAAGAGCGCAGCAGCGCUUAAAGUUUGGACGUCGAGGUUCCUGAAGAAACACAUCCAGCCACAGCCAUCAAUAGUGUCAGCAGCUGAAGCGGUCGUGUCCAAGGUGAUGGAUGUGAGCCAAGUUGCUGAUGAGACGGAGCUGGCGGCAGUGGAGGCGCACAAAGGGGUGGAGGUCGAGUCGGCGACGAGUGCGCCGACGAUGCUUUUGCCACAGUCCCAAUCUGCGAAUGAUACUCAGGAAGAAGUGGCAGAUACAGAAUCUAGGAGAAUCACGACGAUAGUGCGGCAUACGAGCAAGCGGCGAUCAUGUUCAGGACGCUACACGCUGUUCUCGAACGAAUUUAAGCUGCACGCAGUAAAUAUGCUGGAAGAGGGCAAAAGUGUUGCUGAAGUGGCAAAAGAGGUGGGACUGAAGAACUCCAAUUGCUUAAAUUAUUGGAAAAGUAUUCGUGACAAACUAAUCACGUCAGAGCGGAAGCGCUUUCGUUUAGCUGGAGGAGGACGACGUAGUAGUUGUACAUUCGAAGAUGAACUGCUUACAUGGGUCAGCCAGCGUCAUCAACGAGGACAAGGUACCGAUGUCAAGGCUGUUCUAGAGUACAUGAGGCAGCAUCAUUCGUCCUUUACGGAAGGCAAAAAGGAGCCGACACUACGCAAGUGGAUUCUGCGCUUCUUCAAACGUUGCUGGCGAGCUCCAUUUACAUCGAUGGACUCGCAAGAUGCAGAAAAAGCGUAUAUAUUUGUCUAA